AUCAUUGUGGCCUUUGUAACUCAAGAGAAUCUGGCAACUCUAACUCCUGACAGCUGAGCGUGCUGAGGGAGCUUAGACUCUACCUCAUUGCAUCUCCAGCCACGGUUCCUCCCGCCAGUAGCCAUAACGAUAAGCCUGACUAUGAUGAAGAGGAUUGGAGACAAGGAGGUGCAGCAAGUGUUGCAGAGAGACCAAGGCAGCCAUGCCCGACUCAUUACCUGGAGCCAUGAGCCACUAGCCUCUAAACUUGAUGGUGCAACUUCCAACAUUUUCAACUUGAAGGUGAAGUUUGAGGCAGCAGGGAAGGAAGGAGAAGUGUGCUAUGCAGCCAAAAUAAGUAACACACGUGAAAUACAGCCGUGUGAUUUUCAAAGUUUGAUAUUUGUGCAGGAAAGUAGAUUUUACCAAGAGGUGAUUCCUGCACUGUCUUCUGUUCUGGAGGAGGUGAAGGAGAAACCACUUAGUUUCCCAAAGUGUUACUACAUCUCCCUCCAAGAAGGAAAGGAGGUGUUAAUCCUUGAAAACUUGAAGGCAAAAGGCUAUCUGAUGAAAGAUAAAGCUUUAGGGCUGGAUUUGGCACACACUUGUCUUGUAAUGAAAGUGCUUGGUAAGCUUCAUGCGGCUUCAUUCCUUCUGCAGACUAAGCUUACUGAAGACAUCACGGAAAAAUUUGACUUUUACAAAAAGGAAUGGACACAUGCAUUCAACUGGGGAUCUGACUGGGGUGGGUUCAUGGACAAGUUUCUGAAAACUGGACUGACAAUGUUUAAAGAAAUGGGAGACUGUGAGAAGGUGACAGCAUGGUUGAGAAGAGUAAAGCCCGAGGUGUGGCCAAGGUACAAGCAGAUGCUUGAGAGGAAAGCUCCUUUUGAUGUCAUCACCCAUGGGGAUCCUUGGAUCAACAAUAUGUUUUUCAGGUAUGAUGAAGCAGGUCAGCCAGAGGAGGUGGUACUCUUUGACAUGCAAGGCACCCGUGUCUGCUCCUUAGCUCUCGACCUGAAUCACUUCAUCAACCUCAACGUUACAGGAAAGGUGCGCCGUGCAAACUUUGACACCAUCAUAGCCACCUACUACGACUCCUUCAGCAGUGUCGUGAAUGCUAAGAAGAUUGCUAUGCCCUUCACACUGGAGGAACUCAAGCAGGAAUACAUUGACAAGGGAUUCUAUGGAGUGUUAUAUGCCAUCAUGUAUCUCCCAUGCAUGGUGUCCAAUGAUGAGGAUUCCUUUGUGUUUGGUGAUGAGGAGAAGUGGCAAGCUGCAGUGAAGCGCAUGGUGAAAGAGAACCCUUUGCUGCAUCCCACCAUUCUCUCUGUAGUGGACGAAUGGAUAGAGCGCGGUGUCAUCUCUUAGCACACUUCAGGUUUAUCUUACCACAGAGACAUUCUUGUCUCAUUAACUCAUGUUGGGAAGAUGAAAUGUUCCAGUUUUAUAGAGCCAACUUAUUCUCAUUUUUGCAAAUGUAAACUAAGCACUGAAUUACUGGCUGAUGUGGUUUUAUACUGAAAUAAAAUUAAAAUCUUGCAAUACAUCAGUCCAUCAAAUGUGAUUUUUGAGGGAAAACUUAUUUGCUCAGUGAACAAACAAAAUAAAAAUUAAAAGUGGUCUUCAUAA